AUGCCCAUGCCAGACGUGCCCGGCUUGGGCGGAUACUCGCGCUUUGAGCUCGAACUAGAGUUUGUCCAGUGCCUCGCCAAUCCCGUUUAUCUCAACUUCCUGGCCCAGCAGAAAACGCUCGAUAAGCCCGAUUUCGUGGCGUACCUGCAGUACCUGCAGUACUUCAGGGAACCCAAGUACGCCAAAUUCCUACACCAUCCCGGCCCAACGCUCCGUGCGCUUGAGUUGCUGCAGCAGGAGCGCUUUCGCCAGGACAUUCUCGCUCCCGGCCUCGUCGACAGGCUGGUCAUCCAAGGGCAGCGCAACGCUGUGCCUGGUGCUAACACGCACUGA